AGCGAGGUGUGAGACCGUCAUUCAGGUAAUCUUCAUUCAACAGCAGCAGAGGUACUGUUUAAAUUUGGAAAGAACACACAUUUCUUUACUUCACUGCCAAAACAGCUUUCAGGAAUUACAUAUUUUUAAAGAAGCUCCUUUCUGAGAACUUGUCUUAACUUUUUACAUUUAAUUUCAUCAAAUUGCAUUUUUUUUCCUCCAACACGAAAAGCGCUUUUCCUUUUUGAGACCAGCACCUACUUAUCAAGAAAGAUGGCAAACUCAGGACUUCAAAUGCUUGGGUUUGUCCUGGCUUUCAUUGGCUUUGUCGGUCUGAUUGCAUCCACGUCGAUGCCGGAAUGGAAGGCAUCAUCGUAUGCGGGGGACAAUAUCGUGACAGCCUUGGCGAUAUACGAGGGGCUGUGGAUGUCGUGCGCGUCGCAGAGUACUGGACAGAUACAAUGCAAAUGGUUUGACUCGCUACUGCAACUGAGCGCCAUUGUCCAGACCACGCGGGCUCUGAUGAUCCUGGGCAUCUUCCUGGGGUUCUUUGCCAUUCUCAUUGCGUCGCUGGGUAUGAAGUGCACCACCUGCUUCGCCGACGACAAGCAGAAAAAGUCACGCAUUGCCACGAUUGGGGGCGCCGUCUUCAUCACCGCAGGUCUCUCGGCUCUGGUGGCUACAUCCUGGUACGGUCACAGAAUUGCACAGGAUUUCUACAACCCAUUUACUCCGACCAACACAAAAUUCGAGUUUGGCAUGGCUCUCUUUAUUGGCUGGGGGGCCGCGGCACUCUGUAUCCUGGGGGGGGCCUUCCUCUGCAGCUCCUCGUGUUCCAAGGGGGGGCAGGCAGGCUCUCGGCAGUACCCCAAGACUAGAGCCAUGCCCUCAGGAGGCAAGGACUACGUGUAGAGCCCAGAGGAAAUCAACCUGAGCGUGAGCAGGGCUUGAUUACAGUGGAUUGGACAUUCAGCAUUCAGUAUUCCACCAUCCGAAGAGACAGCGUCCAGUUAAAGCCUCUUAGAGAUUCAGAAACCAGACAUCUUUACUACGUAUUCACACUUGUGCACUCUGAUAGGAUAAUCACUCUUCACAAGAACAAACCAUGCAAAAAGGACACCAUUGUAUUUGCUAUUAACUGUUUUUUGUAUGGAUAUGUAUAUGUAUGUUGAUUUUAGACAGGGAGGAGUCCGCAUUUUUUGCAAUUAAAACUCAUUUCAAAUAUAAGUCUAUACAUUUCAAAAAAACAAAAUUACAUUUGUUUACAUUUCCCUGCUUAGGUUUUACAGCAAAACCGGCUAACAUAUCUGUUUUUUGUGUUAUUUUUUUCUACACAGAAUGUUUGGUCACUGUUAGGUCAUUUUUAAUGUUUUCCACUGGGUAAAAGCAACUGCUAAUGAGGAGGAAAACUCAGACAAAGCAGCUACAAUGUGUGUGCUGAUACAAGUUGCCGUUUAUGAGUUAGUUAAGAAAUAUGUGGACUGUAACAACAGAGCAGCACUGACCCUCUCUACCAGAGUAUAGUAACAUCUUGUACAGUAUUUAGGAAUGUGUGUAUUUCUGCAGUAAUGUACUACACAGUAGUAUAUUGUCAUGGGAUGGUUUUCUUUCUUGUGUUUGAAGAUUUCAAGUUGCAACAUGCACCUGAAAUGCCAGCCUGCGUGAUCAUGGCUUUGAACCCGUCAUUAAAAACUCCUGCAGAGCUCAGGUGUUGGAUUGGCAUACACCUCUGUGCGACAGAGACACCAGUGUCAUUUUAACAGAUGGGUCUGUAAACAGGGUUGAGGUCCAUUCCUGUUUUUCCAUCCUAGUUCCCAAUACCCACACUCAAACGAUAGAGCGUGCCACAGUGUCUGACUGAAAAUGACUUUUGUUAAUUUCGUUCUUUAAAUAAAUGGGAAACACUUUUAUACAAA